AUGCAAUGCCUUCUAUUGGUGAAUAAAUUCCUAACAGACCUUCACAUCAGUAAUGAUCAAUUUGACAAGCUAAUCUAUGAUAUAAUGCACGCAAUUGUAAGUCAUCGCUUAGUUGAAGAACACACUUACUUUCCGUGUCUAAGUGAAAAAAUAAAAACCGAAUUAACCAAAUCUUCAUAUUCUAUCAGUCAUAAGAAUACUCUUCAUCAACAGUUAUCUUCAAAUCAUAUUGUGACCAGAAAUAAUUUCCUAAAAGUUAUUGAAAAACUGUUGGAUUAUGUUAAUUUCAAUAGAUGUUAUCAUAACGAACAGUGUGACCUUGAAAUAUUUAAUUUACACCAAUUAUUCAAUGUUUCAAUAUCCGUUAACUAUGCUUCUUUAAUUUUGUACAAACCAGUGGAUAAUACAAAUGAGGAUAAUAUAACUUUAUGUAUUUCAUUGAAUGACAGUAAUAACAAUAAUGUAAAUGGGUCAAGUGUAGAAGAUAGAUUACAAAGCUGUGAAUCCACAGAAGAUUUCAACAUGAUGGCGAUCAAUUCUAUUAACCAAUCAAAAUCUGACUUGAACAAUAAAUUGAAAAUGACUGAACCAGUUAUCGCAUAUACACAAAUGCGUAGCAAACUAUUCACUCCGUUAAUUAACCGUCCAUCUUUAAAGAUAAAUUUCCAGAGAAGAAGGAUAAAUGAUACACUUUCAGAUUACAAAGAUUAUCCCUACAAUCAGGAUUACAUCUAUCCGACAUCAGAUGUGGAAAGAAAACAGACACCUAGUCUCUUCACAGUAAGCAAUAAUAAUAAUGCUAAUGGUAAGCAGGCGAAUGACAACUUUCAACAUAGAGAAUGUAAAGAAUUCCUGAGCUCGAAUAAUAAAUGGCUUAGAAAGCAUCAAGAGGAAGGCAGUAUUACCAAUGGAAAGCAUAAACCUGCUAGUAGCGACUUGAUUUCAUCUCACAGGGGAACCGUUAAACACAUCGCCCAAUUUGGCAGUCCAAUAAACCGCCGAAAAUGUAAACGACUCCAUCAGUCUGUAUACAACAAGGAUGUAUUAAAUCCAAUCGCGUUUGAAAGAAAUAAAUCAGGAGGUUUUCAAACUCUACAUGAUAAUCACCAUGGUGAUAAUAGUAAAAGUGUAAAUGGACCACAUUUUGUAAAUCGGAAUUUACCAAAUCUGCAGUCAACGGAUAACUACUGUUAUACAAGUAAUAUAUCUCUAAAAAAUCAAUAUUGUACAAAUCUUCGAAAUGAUAUAAAUGCAACUGAUGAACAGAAGAAUACCUUACUGACACAGGAAUUAUGUAAUCAGCUGUAUGGCGGUGAAGGGGAUAAAAGGCAGUCUUCAGUGAGUCAGCCACUACAAACCUAUACGCUUAGAAGUAAUAACAGUAAUAUCAAUAACAAUAAUAAAAAGCCUCACACUAGUAGACCACAUAAUUAUCUAUCAUCUAACGAUUCUUUAGUAGACCAAGAUGAAAAAAUUGAUAAUUUUAAAUUCACCGGUUAUCAGAAUUUAUGCGCUGAUGGAUAUAGUCCAUAUUAUGCAGGAUUAUAUGAUGGCCGAUUCACCACUCCCACUGGUACCGCCAACAAAAGCAAACUAUCGCCCACGCUAAUCAAAAGAGCUAAACACCCACGUAAGAAACCUAUCGUCAGUCGAUAUCAGAUAGACACCGUGGCAAAUUUUGAAGAUAUUGCCGGCAAAUGGAUUGAUGAAAAUGAAAUCAGACGAAAUUAUCCUAUUGGAAAACUGCUUAAUAAAGAUGUCCCUGAAUUUAUUGCUCUCUCAACAUCUAACCUCUUGAAAUUAGCUAUUUCACAGACUUCAGCAAUGAAAACUUUAAAGGAAAGGGAUCAUUCUAGAAAAUAUGCAAAACCAGGUAGUCUUUUUACCAUUGAUUCAUCUUUAGAAGAAAUAAUUGCUCAAAUUCUUCACGGGGAUUCUGAUAAACUGAAAGAAGAAACCCGCCAAUCUCCACGUAGAUCAAUUAACCUACAAGCAGUAUUAGAUGAUAUAAGUCGGCGUCAAAUUUACGAUGAAAAAUAUCCACUAGAAGAAAUUGACACAGCAGAUAAUUUGUAUACAAAACCAGAUACAACUAUGAUAGACGCGACUGACAGACAAGAGAUUUCAAUGAAACAAUCAAGAGUUGGGAUACCUGAAUUGUCCAGAAUAUCACUAUCAUCAGUUAAAAGUAUGGAAAGUCAGAAAUCAAUAGAAAAUUUACCGCUAGAUGAAGAACAGCCCGAUGAUAUCUACCAGAAACCAUCAAUAUCUACAACAUUACUAUCUAGAUAUUCAGUAAAAAGAGUUGAUAGUAGAAAGGUGGAUCAAAGAAUUUCUGGAGAAGUAGACAGUAAACGAGAACUUCAGGGCAUUUCUAUUGGAUUCUCUGAUAGUCAAAUACUUACUCCAGGUGAAUUAAAAACCGAUGAAUCUGCGCCUACACUGGUAGGAGAUGAUGAGGCAUUGAAGCUCCAGACCGAUGAUAAACAAUCAAUUCCACUCAAAGAUAUGAUAGAUGUUAAAGAGAAAGUACAAGAAGAUGUAUUGGAACAGCCAACCGUGGAAGAAGUUGAAUCACACGCUGAAAAGAUUUCUACAGUGUCACAUGAAGAUACUAUAAAACAAGGUGAAUUUACGAGGGAUGUUGGUAAAGUCGAACCUAUGAGUGAAGGUGGACCACAGAUGGAGGCAGAAACUAGAUUAGACAAAUUACUAUACGAUCAAGAAACGCCUACAACUGUUCCAAUUUAUGAAACUCAAGAACCACUAGAAUUGGAUGACAAAAUGAAACGUCAGAAGCCGAGUCAUGAUUCCAUUUCUGAAGAAGACCAAGAAGAAGGCGAUUUAUUGCCUAUCACGUCGAAAUAUAUUAAGUUGAAGGCGAAACAAGCAAAGAAAAAGGCAGGAUCUGAUGCACAGCAUUCUCAAGCCACCGUCACCACCACCUCGACAACGGCCACGACCGCCGCCGCUGCCGAACGAUUGUCAACUGAAUUUAUUCCAGUUACAAGUGAUGUUAAAGAGGUGGAAAAAAUUCAAGCCCCUAUAGAAGAAAAAUUAUCAGAUCAGAUUUCAGAAAGCAUUAUACCUCAAAGAUCAAUUGAUGAUUCACACAAAAUCCGCUCAGAAAGUGAACAUCUCGAAUCAUCAGAAAAGCUAACCUUACCUAGUGCUCAGCAAUUAGAUGACAAGGUACCUAAGGAGAAAUCUUAUCCCAGUGUUAUUUCAUCAGAAGAGAAAGUGAAAAAAGAUCACUACGACCAUGUACAAUCGACUGACACAAUAGAAGAUUAUGAUUUCUUGCUUCAAGUAUCUGGAAAUCUGGAUGCUUUUUCAACAACACCUGCAUUGUCCUCGUAUACCACAUUACCUUCAGAUGAACAACAAAUCACUGUGGAUGCAACAGAUGAGAGUAUUACUUUACGCGACGAGAGCAGAACAAAACAACAACUGCAGCAGCAGGAGCAGCAACAACAAGAACAACAGCAAAGACCAUCUAAACAAAAAGACGAAAGUUUAUCUAAAUUAGACGAACAACCAGAGCUGAUUGAUAAACUCAGGAAAGGCAGUCUUCCACCACACCAUAAAAAGAGUAAACAGAGAAGAUAUACAAAACCAAAGAGUAAAUUAAGUGAAGAAUUAAAACUUGUAAGAGAAUCACGUAGGCAACACGAUGAAGAGGAGACUAUUGACAAGUCGAAAGUACUAUCUACAUCACAAGAAGAAACUUUGAAGCGAUUGCAAUCAAAGCCAAGUGAAGAGCUUACAGACGAGGAGAGAAAGUUGCUCAACCAACUAAUCGAGAAAAAGAAGCUACAAUCAGCUGCAGGAGGUGGAAAAGUGUCUACUCAAGUUAAACUGCACAAUUUUUUAUCUCAAUCACAACCUGAUCAACUUUCUCCACAUCAAAGAAAGGUGUUUAAUCUACUGAAAGUUGUGCCUAAGAAUUUAGAUGAAAAAAUUACCAGCCCAUCGAAUCCGCUUUACAAAUCAAAGCGCAGGUUAUGCAAACUGUUGACUAAAUCGUUUGACAGGCUUACACCAGAAGAACUGGCGGAACUAGAGGCUUUGGCGAGAUUGUUUUCAACUGGUGAAGACGAUCUAAAAGAAGAAGAAGAAGGAGGUGAACGAGGAGAAGAAGAAGAAGGCGAGGAAUCAACCAGCUACAAGAUCCAAGCUAAUCUUUGGCCAUGGUCAUUAUCUAUGCCAACGGAUUGUAUGUCAAUUUCUAAAGGAAUGCUGGUCACAAAUGCUGUUGAAGCGGCAACAGAGCAUUUCGCUAAUCUUGCCUCUCAAUACUCUUGUCAAACAGAUGAUGAGAAAUAUCCACCUUUUGUUCCAUCUCCACUACCCACAAGUGAUUUAUUUGAUUCGAAGUGUGUUUCACCAGAGAUACGGUUCUGGCCAUGGUCUGAGGUGAUGUCGCCUUCAAGGUGUUCUUCUGCUUUAUCUGCUGGCAGUAAUCGCGCUCAGAACAAGUUGACUGCAGGUGAACCUAAUGCAUCAUCACCAGAGAAUGUAGUUCAGGAGAUGAAUCAAGGUCUUCCUGAUACCGAGAAUCAUGAUCUUUCGACAAGGCAAAAGGCUAUGAAGGCUAGUCAAAAUGAGUUUGACGCAGAAGAGAACAUUUCCUCGAAACUUAUUUCUGAGCAAAUGAAGUCAGACAGUACACAGAUGGUCAGUCCUCUGUUAACAAAUACAUCAUCCUAUCAUGUUUCUGAGGAAAAUUCAGAAAAUACUUAG